AACGGACAACCGCCCUUCUCCAUCCGGUCUCCAAGCCAACGACUCGAGUCGUUCAAAACUGGACACAGCAGUGAACCGGAGCUGCUUGCUUGCUGUCUCGCCAAGAAGCAAGAGUAGGAGGAGCAGCUGGUCUCUCGCCAAGUCGCGCCUCUCCCUCCUCUCUUCUCUUUUCUCCCUCGCGUCGCGCGCUCCACAUGCUGAGCCUGAGGUCAGUAUCCGGCUCCAACUCCUCGAGGGGCAUCGCCGCCGUGGUCGGCGUCGGCCCCAGGCUGGGCUCGGCGGUGGCGCGCAAGUUCGCCUCCGAGGGCUACACCAUCGCCAUCCUCUCGCGCGACCUCGAGAAGCUGUCGCAGCUGGCGGAGGAGAUCGCGCAGGCGGCCAAGGCGCAGGUGUUCGCGCUGCGGGUGGACUGCGCCGACGCCCGGUCCGUGCGCGAGGCCUUCGAGGGCGUGCUCUCCCUCGGCCCCGUCGAGGUGCUCGUCUACAACGCCUGCGAGCCGCCUGCAGCCAACGAGGACGCGCGCCCCGCGCCCUUCCUCGCCGUCACCCCCGACGCCUUCCACCGCGCCCUCGCCGUGUCCGCCGGAGGGGCCUUCCACUGCGCGCAACAGGUCAUCCCGGGCAUGGUGGAGAGGGGCAGGGGCACCAUCAUCUUCACGGGCUCCUCGGCGUCGGUCACCGGCUUCGCCGGCUACUCCGAUCUAAGCAGCGGCAAGUUUGCCCUGCGGGGGCUGUCCCAGUCGCUGGCCAGGGAGUUCCAGCCGGCCGGCGUGCACAUUGCGCAUGUGAUCAUCGACGGCGUCAUCGGCGAGAGGAGGUCGCUGACGAGGAGCAGCAGGGCCGGCGGCGACACGGCGGGCGCGGGCGCGGACCCGGACGCGGUGGCGCAGAGCUACUGGCACGUCCACGCCCAGGACAAGAGCGCUUGGACGCAGGAGAUGGACAUCCGGUCGCCGUCCUUCAUGUAGCAGCAGCAGCUAGCCGCCGCUGCUGUACGUACGGUCCCUGGAAUCUUUAGUGGACUGCUACCGGCCGGGCGCGUUCCCGAUCAAGCAGGAGAGAGGGACAAGUGGGUCUUGUUGUGUAUGUAUACGUCGUGCCCUGUAAAUCGUGUGUGCGCGCGCGCGGCUGCGGGCCGGGAAUCGUGUCCCCGUCCCGCGCCGCACGUUGGCGCGGCUCUAGCUAGCCCCCCCUUUUCUCAUCAUUUGGUGUGAGAUGCCCGUCGCUGGUCCGACCGCGGGUUCUGUGCGUCGAUUGCGGCCGAGAGCGACCGCGCGUGCGUCUCCGUCGCAUCCUGUACCCGUCGCCGCCGCCGCCGGCGACCGGCCUCCGGAAAGCUCUCAUGUGUGAUGGAUGUGUGCGCCCGUUGUUACACAUGAGCUAGUCCGUAUAUGUGGAGGAUUGUGCUUAGUGGUCGCUACCCACUUGAAUUGAGCAGCAUCCGUGAGACUCUGACUA